AUGAGGCAGAAAAACGUCAGCAAGCAAUGCUGGAAUAACGAGACGUAUGCCGUUUAUUCCUUCUGUGGGUUAAAACACGUCGAUGACAUCACUCUGCCUAGCACCACUGAAUAUCUUCUGCUUAUGAACAACUCAAUCACCGUUCUACAAGAUGAUGGCUUUUUGUUAUACACUGUGUUGAAAAUUCUCGAUCUUUCGAAUAACUUAAUAAAAACUAUUCAACCUCUUGCGUUUAAUGGGCUUUCAAAUUUAACCCAUUUGAACCUAAGAGGAAAUCCGCUGGUUAUGAUGGAAACGACAUUUCAUGAAAAUGUUUUCAGUCCGCUUCAAAGCCUAACCUGGCUGAAACUAAACAUGAUUAACACUACAUUUUACACUUCCAGAUAUCCGGAUAAAUCUCUAUCGAGGCUACGAAAACUUGAGGUUUUAUUUUUAGACGGUGUUUUUGAACAACCAUAUUCAUUGGGAAUUUGUUUGGAGAGUUCCUAUUUCAAUCAUUUCCCUCCAAACUUGGAGUACCUUGAAGCUCAAGAAAACAACGUUGAAGCCGUGGACAGAGAUUUUAUUCAAAGACUUCCAAAAACCUUGAAGACUUUAGAUUUGAGUGGAAACAGAUUUGUUUUCGGCACGUAUUUGCAAGACCUCUCUAAACUGGAGAACCUUACUGUCCUUAAACUAAACAAAGCUGGAUUCACUCAAUUAACUAACUUACGAAAACUAUAUUUGGAUACAAACCCUCUGUAUGCUUUUGACGUUGAUGUAUCUGGCAUGAAAAAAUUAGAAUAUUUAAGUUUAAAAUACACACGAAUCGAAACUAUAGCACCGUAUUUGAGAGAUUACAUCAACUCUCUAUUAGCUCAAAACGUCACAUUUAGGAUGUCUUUGAGCUGUGCGCCCAUUACUUGCAAUUGUGAGAAUUUUGAUUUUCUAAAAUGGAUGACCACAUCCGGGGCUUUUCGGACAAAGUUUGAAGAGAAUAUUUGCAUUAACCCAAAUGAUCAUUCGAUUAAAUAUAUCAAAGAUGGUUACAACGCAACAAUGGCUAUUUUAAAACGCCAAUGUGAAGAUCAUAUAAUUUUGUUUUUACUCGUUAGUGGGAGUGUUGUUCUUAUCUUCUCUUUGAUUAUCUUCACUUUGGUCUACAGAUACAGAUGGCGAAUACGAUAUCUGUAUUACGCAGCGUAUCUGCAGUACAAGAAAUCAAAGAAGGAGACGCAAAUCAAAUUUGAAUUCGAUGCUUUCAUUUCGUAUGAUCACAAAGAUCACAAUUUUGUUGUGAACAAACUUUAUCCCGAGCUAAAGAAACGAGGGCUGAACGUGUUCAUUCACGGCAGAGAUUUUGUAGCUGGUGACUACAUCGCCUCGAACAUCGUCAAAGCUGUCUGUACCUGCAGGAAAACUGUGGUCGUCUUGACGAGGAACAUGAUCAACAGCUACUGGUGUGGCUACGAAAUUCAGAUGGCCAAUAUCGAGUCCAUCCACACCGGCAGGCCGGUUCUUAUUUUCCUGCUGAUGGAAAAAAUUCCAAAAAACGAUUUGGGUAGGGAACUACUAUACAACAUCCGGAACAAUACUUACAUUCCGUAUCCUGAUCCACUGCCUGAUGCCACCAGCAUAGGGAGGUUAUGGGACAAACUGGCAUGUGAUAUCAGAAACUGA